AUGUCAAUCGUUGGUGGUACAUCUGCCUUAAGCUCUCACAUGUCUACAGUACAUUGUCAGAAAAGCCGCCGUGUUAUUUUAUGCCGUUGUUGCAAUCUGGCAUUUCGUGAUAAAAAUGAAUUACAAAAAAAUUUAAAAGAUCGUAAUAACACAACUAAUGAUGGAACUUCUUCGGAAGAUGUAUUGCUGCCAACAAUAGAAAAUCAUCAUCCACCAAAUUCUCCAGAAAAACACCAAAAUUCCCAACAUGAAAAUGCAAAUGGGGGACAAAUAGAAAAAUUAAAUAAUUCAAAAAACAGCAACAAAAUUCAGGUUGCGGAGUCAAGCAAUAGAGCAAAUGAAAGUGUUGAGGAUACAUCAACAAUAACAUCAGCCUUCCAACUUUUACAACAACAACAACAACAUUUUAUUUUAGCAAAUUUAUGGAGCAACAUAUUUAGCCGCCAACAAACAGAACAAAAUACGCAAGAAAACACAACAAUAAAUAUUGAUAAUUGCAACAAUGAAAAUGGAAUGUUCUCAUCACAACAUGGUCAUUCUGCAGUGUCUUCAACAAAAACAAAUGAAAGUGUUAAUAUUUUUAAUUGUCUAAAUUCCUCAUGUUCAACUUCCUCAAACCAUUGUUCAUCAUCUUCUUCCUCUUCCUCCUCUGUAAUUGUUCAAACAACAAAAAUAGCAACAAACAAAACCUCAACUUUAACCUCCCCCUCUAUAAUUAAUUCUUCUUCUCCAACAGAUUCGGAAAACGAUUUAAUUUUAACCACAAAUACACAUUCGAUUAUAAACACAAAUCAUCGCCCAGAACAACCUUCUAAAGAACAACAAUGUGUGCAAUGUGCUCUGUUAAAGCCGAAGAUGCUAGCAGUCAACGAACGCUCUUCUUAUUUGGAGGCGUGCAACACAACAUUUCAGAAUGAACUAAUACGCCUGAAUGCCAAAUGUCUCCUUGCCGAACAAUGCAUUCGCCGACUCGAAUUAGAACUUCGACAAUGGCGUGAACGAAACGAAGUUCUCCGCUAUCGCCUUUUAGAAUGCCGCGAGAAGGCAUUGGCAGUCAUUGGAGGAACACACAUAAAUGGGGCUGGGGGAAGUAUUUCUACGGCAGAUUUGAGCACUUUUUUGGGAGAUAUGUUGAAAAUUACUCUUAUUUAA